GUGUUGCGAUCCCAACUCGCGACAAUUCAGAUGCCAAUCACAGCCUCGCUCUCUCCGCCUGAUUGAGCAAAGGUCAACUUCCUGUCUAAUGAAUCACGGAAAUGCGCGGACACAAACCCUCGCUAAAUGGCCUUUUAAUAAUCUGCCCAAUUGACUUUUCGGAACAAUACAAUUUGGAUUCCAUCGCCCAGACCCAAACAAGGACAGGACAUCUGAUGAUUGUUUUUGUUUUUUUUGUCCUGAACCAAAAAUGCCGCAGAGGCCAUAAAUUCCUCCAGCUUGUCCAAUAAGGCGUGAGAGGGACGUGGCGGCGGUUUUGCUAUCGGGAGGUCGAAAGGGACUUUGGCUGAGGACCGGGCCGAACUCGGCACACUUUCCGGUUUUUGAGGUCGCGCGUCCGAUGCUCGUCAGACACGCGCAACGCAUCAUCUCGACUGCACAAGGUCACCAUGAGCACCGAGAGGCGCGACGGGGUUGACGUCGACGCUUCCUCCGCCGCCGUUCACAUCGGGGACCGGCGGCUUCGCUUCAUGCAAAAGGACGGCAGUUUCCCCGUAGCGUUCCACCAGGUCCCCAGGGACUGGAGUCCGUACCUGCUGGACAUCUUCACCACUCUGGUGGAGAUCCGCUGGCGGGUCAUGCUCCUGGUCUUCUCGCUGGCCUACGUGCUCUCCUGGCUUUUCUUCGGCCUUUGUUACUGGCUCAUCGCCUACGUGCACGGAGAUGGAGACGGAGAUGUCGACGGUCCCUGCGUGCUGAACGUUCACGACUUCGCCUCGGCGUUUCUCUUCUCCACGGAGACCCAGGCGACCAUCGGUUACGGCUUCAGGGGCAUGACGGAGAACUGCGGGGCGGCCGUGGCGGCCGUGACCGCACAGGACGUCUUCAGCUGCCUCCUGGACACCGUCGUCGUCGGCAUCGUCGUCGCUAAAAUGGCGUCGGCGCGAAAGAGGGCUCAGACGGUGGGCUUCAGCCGAAUCGCCGUGGUCAACCGGCGGGACGGCGUCCUGUGUCUGUCCUGGCGGCUCGGAGAUUUCAGAGGGAAUCACAUCUUGGAGGGCGUCGCCCGGGCGCAGCUCGUACGCUACUCCAAACAAUCCCAAGGACCCGUGGUGAUAUCGUACCAGGAUGUGGACAUCCAGAACCGGGAUCUGGUCCUCGCCACGCCGGCCUUAGUCGUACACAAGCUGGAACCGGGCAGCCCGCUCUACCAUAUAAGCCCUGAGCAGCUUCUGGAGGAGGACUUUGAGCUUGUGGUGUCCUUCACCUACACGGGCGACUCCACCGGGAUGCUCCACCAGACGCGCACCUCCUACACGCCGGCGGAUAUCCGCUGGGCGCAACGGUUUCAGGAAGUGCUCCGAGUGACCAAGAAGCACUACAAGGCGGACUACGCUCUGUUUAACGAGACCACGUGGGUGGCGACGCCCAUGCUGAGCGCGGAACAGUGUGACAGGGGGAGGCCUCGCCCUGGCCUGUCGCGCUCGGGCCCGGCGAAGCGAGCCCGCCGCCGUACGGAGGAGGUCGUGCAGCAGACCCAUUUGUAGACCCAGCUUCACAAAUCGAAAUAUUUUUAUACGCCUUUAUAGUCUAUUCUCUUUGUUUCAUUUUGUCAAACAUGUUCAAAAUAAAGUCUUGACGACUGA